AUGCGAGCCGCCAUGCGAGCCGCCAUGCAAGAUGGCGCCGGAGAAUCUGUUGCAGGAUCUCCCUCCACACCACCGGACGAGCCACAAAUUACUGACUGCCUCACAAAAGGCCACUUUGAACAGGCCAUAGAGGCUAUGUCAGCAAAGUUGAUACAGACCUGGCAAUCCACGGCCGACCAAAUUAAGAAGGAGGUCCGAGACCUCUCGGUCAGAACAUCGUCAGUAGAAGCACAGUGUCAAGACUUAUCUGCCGCACAGACUGAGAUGUCAGGCCACAUACAGGCCUUAAAGCACAAGGUGGAGAAGAUGGAAACCCGCAUGGCGGAUUAUUAA